UUAACGGGCAAAAGGCUGUCAUGUCCUUUCUGGCCACACAUGUUUAUCCGAACUAUCGGGACAAAUUGAAUCAGAAGUAAAUACCGGAGGAAGGAAAAGAUCGAAAUGACAAAAAUCUAAUAGGAAUUCGAGAGCUCAAAAUUUUUAAGUUGCAAUUUGAGACUUGGCCAGUCAUUUGGGAUUGAUGAAAUACGACUUGUGUUACAAGAAGCAAUUCGGGCUAUUCUCAUCUUCUCUCAUGUGUUACUUGUAAACGAAAGAUUCAAGAUGAGGCUGUACUGCCUGUCCAGCGAGCCGACAAAGCCAUGCUUGGUUCUGACUUUCAAAGGAACCACCCUGAUGUUGGACUGUGGCUUGAAUAUGCAAUCCAUUUUGCAUUUCAUGCCCUUGCCCAUGGUUCCUAGCAACAAGUUCAAUUCCUUGUCGACGUGGCUGCCACGCAAUGACAAUCAACGCAAUGACAAUCAGCAAGAUUGGCAAAUCGAGGGGGAGCUGAAAGAAUGCUGCGGUAGAGUCUUUGUGGAUUCAGUUCCAGAAUUCACUCCUCCUCUGGAGAAGAUAAUUGAUUUCUCGGAGAUUGAUGCCAUUUUAAUAUCUAACUACACAUGCAUGCUCGCGCUGCCAUUCAUAACGGAAGGCACAGGCUUUAAAGGUAUAAUAUAUGCCACCGAACCGACGUUGCAAAUCGGACGGUUUUUCAUGGAGGAGCUAGUGGAAUUUAUCGAGCGGACUCCAAAGGCGACAAUGGCCAAACAUUGGAAGGACAUGUUACAUACUUUGCCAUCCCCGUUGGCUGAGAUCGUUAAACCGAAAUCCUGGAAGCAUAUUUACUCCAUGUCGGCUGUGAAUUCAGCGCUGUCAAACAUUCAAAUGGUCGGAUAUGAUCAAAAACUAGAUAUUUACGGCGCACUAACAGUCACACCAAUUAGUUCGGGCUACUGUUUAGGUAGUAGCAAUUGGCUGAUAUCUAGCGACCAUGAAAAGGUUGCUUUUGUCAGUGGCUCGUCCACUCUGACCACCCAUCCGAAGCCCAUGGAUCAGGUCACGUUAAAGCACGCCAAUCUGUUGAUUUUGACGGGCUUGACACAAACGCCAACUGCUAAUCCAGAUACGAUGCUUGGGGAAUUGUGCAUGACCGUCGCUGUGACUCUCAGAGCUGGCGGAUGCGUUCUGAUACCUUGCUAUCCCUCCGGCGUCGUGUACGAUUUAUUCGAGUGUCUGAGCACUCAUCUGGACAAGUCCGGCUUCACGCAAGUGCCUCUAUUCUUCAUCUCACCGGUGGCGGAGACGUCCUUGGCUUAUUCCAAUAUUCUGGCCGAAUGGCUAUCGACAAAUAAACAAAACAAAGUUUAUCUUCCAGAGGAACCGUUCCCACACGCUUUCCUCGUGAAGAACGCUCGAUUGAAGCAUUACACAUCUACGUACGCUGAAGGAUUCAGCAGUGAUUACCGACAGCCCUGCGUCGUCUUCUGCGGCCAUCCGAGCCUCCGGUUUGGCGAUGCCGUGCAUUUCGUGCAGUUAUGGGGCAACAAUUCCCUGCACACUGUAAUCUUUACCGAGCCUGAUUUUCCGUAUUUAGAAGCUCUCGCUCCUUUUCAACCAUUGUCAAUGAAGGCAGUGCACUGUCCCAUCGACACCUCUCUGAAUUUUACUCAGGCCAACAAACUGAUUCGGGACUUGAAGCCGGAGCACCUUGUUAUUCCGGAGGUUUACACGCAGCCCCCUGGAAUGGCGCCACACAGAACGGAUCUUGUCAUCGAAUCCAUCGGGGAAAAACCCUUGAUUACGUUUAAACGCGGAGAGGUGAUAAAAUUGCCAUUAAAGCGGAAGAAGGGCCGCGUGUUCAUUGAACCGGAACUAGCUGGCAGUAUUGUACCGAGUGAAGUGCGACCUGGCCUGAGUCUCGCAUCUGUUACCGGCGAGCUUGAGGUCAAGGACAACGUGUACACCAUAAAAUAUGUAGAGGACAAACCGAGCGGAAAGAGGAAAAUGUCGUUGGGUUCGCCCGCGCCCAUCAUGGAGGAAGUACUGAAGUUGCGGAAGCACGAGUACGGGAGCCUGGAUCCACAAGAAUUGCUGCAAAAGCUCAAUCAGGAAGGCUUUCACGGAGCCAAGUUACAGCACAGUCCUACGUCUACGAGUAUUCAUUUGCAAGACGAGGAUACUCUGAUUCAGAUCGGAGAUAAUUCUACGCACAUUUUCUGCAACGGCGAUCAAAAGAUCCGUAAACGUCUCAGGGAUAUAAUAAUGCAGUGUCUGAAAACAUUUUGAGGUACGAUUUAUAUAGUGUUCUCUGACAUUCUCUGUGAGACAAUGUUUUAUACUGGUAUCGUAUAUAUACAUAAUUUAUUGUUUCAAAGCGUGUAUAUAUUUAUUUGUUCCAUCAUUCACUUUUAUUCGAUGACAUUAACUUAGUAUUAAUUUCUAAAUUGGUUAUAAUAAAAAAAUUUUUUAUUAUCUU